AUGGAGGCGACGGUGCUGAGUGUGGGAAAGUCGGUGCUGGAUGCCACGCUGAGCUACACCAGGUCCGCUGUGGCGGAGGAGGUCGCUCUGCAGCUUCGCAUCCAGAAUGACCAUGAUUUUGUCAGGGACGAGCUGCAGAUGAUGCAGUCUUUCCUGAUGGCCGCGGACGAGGAGCCCGAGGACGACAACAGGGUGUCCAACACCUGGUACAAGCAAGUCGGCUCCGUCGCCUACGACGUCGAGGACUGCCUCCACGAUUUCUCUGUCCAUCUCGACAGGUCCUCGUGCUGGCCCCUCGUCAGGAAGCUCCGCGAGCGCCGACGCAUCGCCGGCAGGAUGAAGGAGCUUAGGGCAAAAGUGGAAGACGUGAGCAAGAGGAACAUGCGCUACCAGCUCUUCAGGGACCCUGCAUCCAGGCCUGCCGCCACCGCCGCCGAGCAGCGUAGCAGGACAGAGGCUGCGAUAUUCGGCAUCAACGAAGCAAGGCACGCCAACAAGGCAGAUCUCGUGCACCUCGUCAACAAUGGCAGCGAGAAGCUUGGGGUGAUCGCGGUCUGGGGAACAAGUGGCGACCUUGGGCAGACGUCCGUCAUCAGAGCUGCAUACGAUCACGCGCAUGUUAGAAGCAGAUUCCCAUGCCGAGCAUGGGUCAGGGUGACGGAUCCUUUCAGCCCCAGGGAAUUCGUGCAGAGCUUGGUGGAUCAGUUCACUUCGGACGUGGGAGUGCACGUCCUCUUGGAGACGGAGAAAGAGUUGGCUACGGAGUUCAGUCGCUAUGUAGAGGACAACCGUUACUUGAUCGUGCUUAAUAAUGUGUCCACCAUUGAGCAGUGGGAUCGCAUUAAAAUAUGCUUUCCAAACAAGAUGAAAGGGAGCCGAAUCAUAGUCUCCACAACACAAGUCGAAGUUGCAAACUUAUGUCCGGGCCAAGAAAUCCAAGUAUCGGAGCUCAGCCAAUUAUCUGCUGAUCAGACUCUUUAUGCAUUCUAUGACAAGGAUUCACAAGAUACUGAGGCAGUGACUGGCUCAAACGUGGCCACAACUAGUGCUCACAACUCAUUGUCCCCUACAAAAAAAAAUCCAUCUGAAGGUGCCGAUGGAAAUAAUGCAGCUAGAAAUAACCUUACUCGCAUAUAUUCUUUGGAGGAGGAAUCUCGGCUCAUUGGCCGUGAUAGAGAAAAAUCGGAUAUAAUGGAGCUAAUUCUAAAUCAAUCAGGUCAAGAACUUCCAGUGAUUUCAGUGUGGGGAAUGGGUGGCCUUGGGAAAACUACUCUAGUGAAAGAUUCAUACCAAAGCCAAAGUCUUAGCAGCAUGUUUGAGAAACGUGCUUGUGUCACAGUGAUGCAUCCGUUCAUUCUAGGGGAGUUUCUUAAGAACCUGGUUAUGCAACUUGAUGUGGAAUCUUCUGAAAGGAGUGUGAUUCAUUUUGGUGGCAGCACAAGAAAAUCACUGGCAACGUUGGAAGUCGAGGAUUUGAUUAAAGAGCUGGCUAGGCUUUUAGAAAACAAGAGGUGCUUGAUUGUUCUCGAUGAUUUGUCUUCUACUGCGGUGUGGGACUCGAUAAUUAGGAGCUUUCCCAGAAUCAAUAAUACAAGCAGAAUCAUAGUUACCACAAGGGAAGAGAAUGUUGCAAGGCAUUGCUCAUCGAGACCAGAAAAUGUAUACAAGCUCAAUGUUUUACAAUACAAGGAUGCACUUGACCUGUUCACAAAGAAGGUAUUCAAGGAGACAUCAGAUUUGGAUAGUCAUCCUGAAUUGAUUCAUGAGGCGAAAAUGAUCCUUAAGAAAUGCAAUGGACUUCCUCUUGCAAUAGUUACCAUUGGUGGCUUCUUGGCAAACCAACCAAAAACAGUUUUGGAAUGGAGAAAAUUAAAUAAGCAUAUUUGUGCUGAACUGGAGAUGAACCCAGAGCUCGAGGUCAUAAAAUCCAUCCUUACAAAAAGUUAUGAUGGUUUACCCUAUCAUCUCAAGUCUUGUUUCUUGUAUCUAUCCAUAUUUCCUGAAGACCACAAGGUUAGCCGGAGACGCUUGGUGCGACGUUGGAUUGCAGAAGGUUACUCAAGGGAGAUCCGUGACAAGACUGUGGAGGAAGUAGCUGACAGCUAUCUAAUGGAACUAAUAGAUAGGAGCAUGGUACUGCCAUCUCAACAAUCAGACUACAGCAGAAAAGCAAUUGACUCUUGUCAUGUGCAUGAUCUCAUGCGUGAAAUCGGCAUCUCAAAGUCGAUGGAGGAAAAUCUUGUUUAUAGACUGGAGGGAGCAGGCAGCAGCUCAAAGUCCCAAGGCAUAGUUCGCCACCUUGCCAUAAGUAGUAAUUGGAAGGGAGAUAAGAGUGAGUUUGAGAAUUUGGUGGACCUAUCUCGUGUGCGGUCCGUAACAGUAUUCGGAACUGUUAGGCCCUUUUACUUCUCUGAAAAGAUGAGGAUGCUGCGAGUGUUGGACUUGGAAGGCACGGAAGGUCUAGUUGAUCAUCACCUUGGACAAAUCGGGGAGUUGUAUCACCUCAAGUACCUCUCUCUAAGAGGAUGUGGUGAUAUCUAUUACCUGCCGGAAUCAUUUGGUAACUUGAGGCAGCUCGAAACACUAAACAUUGCAUUCACAAAUGUAAGGAAGUUGCCAAAGACAAUCACCAGACUUACGAAGCUGCAGUUGCUGCGUGCUGGGACUGUCGGAAACAAUGAAGCUGCAGUAGGGGGUCAGCUAUGCCUUUUGACCCUGUUCUCAAUGGCCUGUUGUGCGGCAUGGUGCGCACCUCGGCUUUUGAAGAGGAGGCUCAAUUUUGAUGGAGAGCCAAACAGGGACGACGUCUGCACCGUGUGCUGCUGCUCCCUGAUCCCUCUCCUCGCGACACGCGAAAGCCUACGUGGUGUUCAGCUGCCAAAUGGGAUUCGGAAACUGAAGGCCAUGCAGACAAUGGGCCUUGUGAACCUUGCACAUGGGAAGAAGGUUCUACGCGACAUAGGGACGCUCACACAGCUCCGCAAGCUAGCAGUGACAGGUAUCAGCAGGAAAAACGCUGCAGAGUUAUGCUUUGCUAUUUCCAGUCUCAGCAGCCUGGAAUCGUUACUGCUACGGGCAGACGGCAACAUAGGCUUACUUGGCUGCUUACUUUUCAUGCCCACACCUCCAAGAAACCUGCAGAGCCUCAAGUUGUAUGGAACGCUGGGUCCUGAGCUGCCGACAUGGAUCGCAGGGAUCCAGAGCCUCGUGAAAUUAACUCUGCGGAGCACUAGGAUGUUGGACGUUGAUACCACCAUAGAAGCCAUUGGGAGACUACCAAACCUGACCAUCCUGCGACUCAGGCGGGAGUCAUUCAUAGGUCACGAGCUCAGUUUCACUUUCCGUGAGGGUUUGUUCCCAAGUCUGACAGUGAUGGAGUUUGAUCGCCCACUGAGGCUGCAAUCGGUGGAGUUCCACAGAGGAGCAAUGCCUAAGCUUGAAUAUCUGAACUUCUGCGCGUGGUACAGCGAAACACGGAUUGGUCUCUUGUCGGGGCUCUCAAACCUCAGAGGCCUCAAGCAUUUUACGCUUAGUGGUAGUACCUACGACGACGAAUUUGUGGAGGACUUGCGUGCACAGAUUGAGAGGAACCCAAAUGCACCCGUGUUCAAGAGGCAAUGA